AUGGUAGCGGCUCUAGCUCCUGGGUGUAUAAAGCGCCCACUGAUACAGAACCAAAAUGACAGCGUCCCCCAACACCCCACUUUCCCCAACACCCCAACGCACCCCCAACACCCCAACGCACCCAUAACACCCCACCGUCCCCAACACCCCACCGUCCCCAACACCCCACCGUCCCCAACACCCCAACGCACCCCCAACACCCCACCGUCCCCCAACACCCCAACGCACCCCCAACACCCCACCGUCCCCAACGCCCCGCCGUCCCCAACGCACCCCUACGCACCCCCAACAUCCCACCGUCCCCAACACCCCAACGCACCCCCAACACCCCACCGUCCCCAACACCCCAACGCGCCCCCAACACCCCACCGUCCCCAACACCAGAACGCACCCCCAACACCCAACCAACACCCCACCGUCCCCAAACACCCCAACGCACCCCCAACACCCCACCGUCCCAAACACCCCAACGCACCCAAAAUACCCCAACGCACCCCUAACACCCCACCGUCCCCAACACCCCAACGAACCCCCAACAUCCCACCGUCCCCAACACUCCAACGCACCCCCAACACCCCAACGCACCCCCAACACCCCACCGUCCCCAACACCCCACCGUCCCCAACACCCCACCGUCCCAAACACCCCAACGCACCCCAACACCCCAGCGUCCCCCAACACCCCACUUUCCCCAACACCCCAACGCACCCCCAACACCCCAACGCACCCCCAACACCCCAACGCACCCCCAACACCCCACCGUCCCCAACACCCCACCGUCCCCAACACCCCAACGCACCCCCAACACCCCAGCGUCCCCCAACACCCCACUUUCCCCAACACCCCACCGUCCCCAACACCCCAAACACCCCAACACCCCAGAUCCAGCUGGAGGAGAAGUACUCCCAGACUGAGGGAGGCGACCAGUUCCUACACCGUGUUAGUGACGACAUCCUCAUCUUCACUUCAGACAAGAACAUUGUAUCAUGUAUCUGGAGGAGGGUGCAGAAAGAAGGUCUGGUGAUGGACUAUAAGGAAGAUGAGGAGGUGAAGAAGCUGGUGAGAAGAGCUGCUGCCCUCCCUCUAGUACCUCGUGACAAAGUGGAUGAUGUGUGA